UAAGAACUUUUUUCGCCGUUAUAUAAUUACUUCCCCUCUCCUGAGGAGAAUCUCCACCAUCCUUCCAUACAUGAUCGUAUGAUAUGACGAUUCGUAUCUCCGUCCGUCGUUUUCCAGAUAAUAACAAACCGCUGUAAAAUACAAAUUCCGAAGAGCCAACUCCGCGAACGAGUUUUUCUGCUUAUUUUCUUUUGCCCUUCUUACUCCUCUUAAUGGUCAAUUCUAUCUCUGUCGUUAAUUUUUUCGUAGCCACGUAGGUAGUCGUGUUUACCGGCGCUCUCGUUUGUCUGCCCGACUGAUGUAAGAACGUAAUUACACAAAUUUUUUCACGACGAGACAGGCUUUUCUUUUUCAUAUCAGUAAUUCAUUCGGAUUUUUCCAGUUUCCACCACAAACGCUAUACCGAUUACUCACGCAGAAAUUUAUAGUUCAACAAAAAAAAUAUUAAAUUAAUGACAACCAAUUAAUUCAAAAAAUGAUUCACAUGACUUGCGCUGUCCAUGGUCUCCAUUGGACUUCUGAAAAGAAUGAAAGAGCGUUUGGCUGGUAACGUAGCUUUUGGCUUGAACGUUUUGGCUUUAGUGUUAGUGUUCAUUUCAUUUUUUUCGGCCAGUUGGAUAGUCAGCGAUAAAAGAAUCACAGGUGCAAAAUUAGAAAGAUUUGGAUUGUGGACUCAUUGUUUUCGCUCACUACCUGAUCCGUUUGACCCGACAGAGCAAAGAUUUUUUGUUGGAUGCCACUGGGUAUUUGACCCUUUCACCAAGGGAUAUGAUGAAAUCAAAGGAUUUUUGUUACCACCUUUCAUAGUGGCAACUCAGAUCUUGUACACAAUUACAUUCCUAGGAACAUUAGCAUCAACUGUUGGUUCAUCAAUGUUUUUUCUAUGUUGUACACCUGUAAAAAAAAGUUUUAAUCAAAUAACUCAAGCAUUGGGAGUUACAUUGAUUGUAUCUGGUGUAUGUGCCGCAAUAUCAGUGUUAAUAUUUGCUUUGUUUGCUAACCGUCCUGGUUGGAUGCCUGGCCACGAAAACAACUUCUUUGGUUGGACAUUUAGUGUGGCUAUUGCAAGUUUCUUUGCUUUACUUGGAUCUGGAGCAUUUUAUUUGGUAGAAACAAAUACACAAUUGAAGAAAAGAAAAUAUUUGAAAGAAUCUCAAACUAAAUUUGACACUGAGUUCACAGAAUAAGAUGCAAUUAAUUUUUCAAUUUUAAUUUAAAAUAUUUUCAAUUUAGACCAUUAAUAUAUGUUUUUGAUAGUAACCGAACACUAUUAAAUUAUACUAUUUCCAAAAUCUGGUAACAGUUAUUUUUAUGAAACUAAUUAUCUCAUUUUUGUUUAAAUAUAUUAUUUUAAAUUAUUUAAAUCUUAAUUUGAUUAAAUGUGAGUAAAUACAAUUUUGAUUGAUUUAUGAAACUCAGUCCAUUUAAAACGAGUAUUAUUGCAAUAAUAUUAGUUAUAUCAUUAUUAUGUGUACACUUAAUGUAGUUUUAUAUUUAAAUGUCUUCCAUCUGUAUUAAAUAAAUGUUGAAAAUAAAAUAAGUAUUGUUAUUUUAAGAUAUUAUACAUACAUUUAUUUUUCCCUUUUAAGCAAGUUUGUAUUUAAUGUAGUUGAAUACUUACAUUAUUAAAAUAUUUAGUUUUUAAAGGCAUCCUGUGCUACAGAUAAAGAUUUAUCAUUGUAAGCGGGUGUGCAUCAUUUAUUUUCAUUUU